AUGUUCCCCAAACGGAUUUCGCCAGCAGCAAAGCACUUUUUCCGGGCGCAAUCGACACGCACAGCCGUGCCUCCGCAGUUCGGCUUCAUACCCCCAAAAAAGGGCUUUUUCAACUGGAAAGUCAUGGCGUUUUUCUUUGGAUACGGAUGCGUGCUCUCAUAUUCCGAGUAUCUCUUUGAAAAAUACGCCGAUUUCACGGAAAUCGACACCGACCCAAUGGCCCAGGUCAAGCUCGAGUUCUUUUUGCGCAAAAUGCCGCUCUACGAGACGCUUUCGCACGCUGUUCUGGGCCAGGACUGGGUCAAACUUAGCUCGUGGGAAAACUUGGACAGAAACGUCCUCGACGGGAAAUUGGAGAAUAUCGUGGUCCGGCUGCAGCCCGAGUACCAGGUGGAGCAGUUGACCAAUCACACGCUCGCCAGCGCGGGCGGAAUUGCCGUCAAACCGGUGAUUUUUCACAAUACAAAGACCGAUGAAACGGUCACGUUUGUCCAUUUGGGCUACAAGUUGUGCGGGUAUCCGUUCAUUGUGCACGGUGGAAUGAUCGCCACGCUUUUGAACGAAACUUUUAAAAGAAACGCUUCUCUUUCGAGCUCUACACUGUCCUCUCUUAAGACUGACUACAAGGUGGAGACAUUGAACAUCGAUUACAAGGCGCCGGCGUUCGCCCACCAGUUUUUCGUAGUACGAACCGAGGUUGUAGACGCGCCCGGACACGACAAAAAUGUCUGUUUUUUAAAAUCGACUCUUUUGUCGCAGCAGGGCAAGGUUUUGGUGGAGGCCCAAGCGGAGCUAAGGAAUACUGGUAGAGGAUCACGUGCCGCGGCACGUGACUGGAAAUUCUCCAUCCCCAAAAUCUGA